CUUUCUCUUUCGUUUUCUGGUUUGGGUAUAUAAGCAGGAGAAGGCACUCGGUGGUGACUUGGAUGCACAGAGGGUCACUGGGUCCACACAGCUGAGGACUGCCUGUUGCAGGUUCCUGGGUGCCUUUCCCUCCUGUAGCCUGGACACCUGGUGAGUCAUAAGGAACACCUGUCAAGUCCUCUGCCUGACACCUAGACCUAGCAGCUGUCAUGGGCACCCCAGAGAGAAAAUGCUUCGUUGACGCUGUGCCUGAGUACUUGCUAGACAGGCAGAGCCUGGAGGACCUGCAGUUCCUGCUGACUGAAGAGGAAACCUGGAAACAAUUUGUGACAGAAAUUGAUUUGUCCAGGGAGGAGGAAGCUGCCUUGCUAGUAGCUCUUGCUGAGAACUUUGCAGAUCCUGACGGAGAAGAUGAAGACAAGCUCCAAAAUGACCUGCAGGACAAGAACGAGAGUUACAGGAAAGAGGAAGAUGCCUUGAGUGAAGCCCAUGGUGAGAUUGUAGCUGACACUGACUCAGAAGAUGAAGUCGAGCUCCAAGAUGCCCUGUGGCACAAGGAGAGCUUCUUGGAUGCUUAUUCUCAGGUGAAACUGGAGCUGGAGGGCUGCAUCAGGAAGCUCCGCGCCCUGGCAGACAAGGUUGACAAGGUGCACAAGGACUGCACCAUCUCACAGGUGGUGGCCGGCUCCAGCAGCGCUGUGUCUGGAAUCCUGACAAUCCUUGGUCUGUCUCUGGCACCUGUGACAGCAGGGGUCAGUCUGGCACUGUCAGCCACUGGCUUGGGGCUGGGGGCAGCAGCGGCUGUAACUAGUGUUUCCACCAGUAUUGUGGAAAAGGUAAACGUGGUGUCUGCUAAAGCUGAAGCCAGCAAGCUGGUGUCAACCAACAAAGACACAAUGGAGGACAUUAAAGACAUUUUGGAGCAGAGUGGCCAUAGACUUCUUUCUUUAUCUACAAAUUCUGUCCAGAACAUAAAAGGCAUUCAGAAGAGCAUUAAUGCCAUUCAGCAAGCCAAAGUCAAUCCUGGCCUGGUAACUAAAGCCAAGCGUCUCAUGACCACAGGAAAGACAUCAACCCAAACUAUUGAACAGGUGAAGGAAGCCUUUGGAGGUACUGCUCUGGCAAUGACCAAAGGAGCCCGGAUCGUGGGUGCAGCCACCACAGGUUUCUUCCUCCUGCUGGAUGUGGUCAGCCUUGUGCACGACUCGAAGCAUUUGCAUGAGGGUGCUAAGUCACAGUCUGCUGCAGAGUUGCGGAAGCAAGCUAGCAACCUGGAGCAGAAGCUGGAGGAGCUCAAACAGGUUCAUGACAGCCUGAUUCAGUGACCUCUUCCUCUUCAGUGCAGCGCAGAGAACUGGGGGAGGGAGUGUGCUGGACAGAGACAUGAACACAUGGGAGCCCCUGCCUCCCUGCACAGCAGUGCCUGCUAAAGGGAGAGAGCACAUUAAGAGAAAGGAAGCCAGAACACAGAUGAGACACUCUCAUGACCUCUUACCAGACUCCAGCUCUUAUAUCCAUCGACCUCCCAACUAAGAACCAACCUCCCAAGCUGGGGAGCCCAUCCAUGUCCUCACUAAGCCACAGCAUGGCUGCUCCUGAGCUGUGCCCACUGCGCUGCACCCAGCUGAGGCUCACCCUCCUCACCGUCCACUGAGCUGUCAAUCUUCCCACUGCUUUUUGAUUGGGUGCCACAGAGAUCUUCUCCUCUUUUCUUCUUCUUUCAAAUAUCUGGAAAAAUAUUUGUUUUUCCAAAUAGUUCUGGGUCUUACAAUCAGACUCUUGUUGUGAACAUCAUUUCCUAUUCUUGGUUUGGGGGUCACAUGGGUGCUUUUGGUAAAAUGCUCAAGACUAGAAAGAGAGGCUGCUGGGAACACCAACCAUCCAGUCAUCACGAGUUCUUGGCCCUACAUGCCACUGUGGACGCUAACGGAAGGAGAGGUGACAGGGUGUGACUGGUGAGUCCUUCUCUCUGCUGCCAGACUCCUGGGAAAGUCAGAAGCUUUAAUGCCUAUUGCUGUUUAAAAUCUGCUGUAACUGGAUCAGAUCUGCCAAGAUGAGCAGGAAGGGCGACACUUGGUCCAUAAAUUUUGAAGAAAAGAUUUGUGAGCAUGGCCUAGAUGUGCUUUGUGUGCUUUCUGCAAAUGACAUCAUGUGUUUCUGGAUUGUUAACUAUAGGUAUUGAUAAUUCCCUCCCAGAUUUUAACAUCUCCUCUUCUAUAAGUGUUUCCUUUAUUGUGGUUUAAGAGGAAUGUUUGCGAUCUCCACACAGGCCUUUUCUUUCUUGUUAAACUUCUCUUCUCACGGCUGAGGCUCCCCUGAGCCUGCAGUACAGGGCGCAGUGUCCCCUGCACCACGGCAGCUCAGGUGGCCUUCUUCCCACGUUCUGACAUUUGUGAUUCCAGUUAUAAAAUAAACUAUUAAGAUGGAGAAAUUAUGAAUUCUAUAGAGAACUGGGUCGUUGCCUUGAGUCUAGAGAAGGCACAGGUCCCUGAAAAGUUAACCACAGCGGGGUCACUUUGUGGGGAUAGAAAAAUCUUUACCUUGAUUGUCACAGUGAUUCUAUGAAGCCAUAGCUGUGGUAAAUAAUCAGGGCUGCUGCAGACACGUGGAAAUGAGUGCAGACAAAGCCAGUGGAGUAGCGGUGUGUUCUGUGGUCAAGCUCAGCUCAUUGGGCAGACAUGGCAAAGGAACACCGCUUACCACGUGGCAGCCAAGAAGCAAGGAAGUAAGAGGAAGGAGACACAGCCGAGAUGUGACGUUCAAUGGGGUGCUCCUGGGGCCCCACUGUCUGUAGUAAACCCCAGUUCCCAGUGGACCACUCAUAGUUUUACUCCUUCAAUAAGGUAAUCCAGUUACCACGUCAGAGGCCUUCCCAAGCCAUCUCUGCAAACUCAGACACAGGCAGAGGCAAACUUUAUCAGCCUCCAUACUGCCUUGCAGUUCACCCAAAUGCACAGUCACAGUGACCAUCACACCUCCCAUCUGCCUGCUGCUCUCCUUUUGUCUGUGAGUCCAGAGCUGUGCAAGGAAAAAAUGUAGAAGCUUUAUUAAGAAAUCUGAAAAUUUUGCAGGUAGAUUUAUAGUUGAUCGUUUCCUCCAUCACUGGCCAGAGUGUGGUGAUGGCCUUGUUCCAUCGCCAUCCAGAAGACUGUGAAGGAAAGAAUAAAUACAAAACCAAGGGAAGAGGCUGUUCCCAUCCCCCACCCAAAGGGUACUGUGUACAGGCUGACAGCGAUGCCAUUCCCAAGGAAGACCUCAAGUGGGACAACAGUUGUGAGAUCCUCAGGAAACAGAUCCAAGCAUCAGUCACCUGGUCAGCUCAGGGCAGGAUGCUGAGUAUAGACAGAGCAUGUGUGCAGAUUCUGGGUCUCCUGCUCACAGAGCCAUGAACCCCAUUGUGGAAGCCUGUAGAGGCCUGUGCUAGAGGAAACAUCUAGAUGGCUUUAGAACUCAUGGAACUCAGCACACCCAUCAGCACGACUGGUGUGCCUUGGAGAGGCAGAGCCCUGGGUACUACAGGUCCUGAGGACAUCGCUCUGCUGGCAGUUUUCCAAGUCUUCACUCCUUCAAAACUGUGUCUUGUGUAAAGAUUCUAAGGGGCCUUCCAGCCCCUCACUGAGCAGUAUCAUGGGCACUCACAAUAAUAGUGCUUCAUCUUUUCCUAGCAUUGCUCCUGGAGCAGAUUAAGGAUUCAAUCACCACCCUCAGAAAGAAUGUAGAGAUUUAGACUGUCAGCCGUGACUGUUGCACUUAUAAAGAGUUUGGAGAUGGAGAUGUUAGGUUACGAUGUUUUUGGCUAGGGCUAGAGAGAUGGCUCAGCGGUUAAGAGCACUGACUGCUCUUCCGAAGGUCCUGAGUUCAAGUCCCAGCAACCACAUGGUGGCUCACAACCAUCUGUAAUGGGAUCCGAUGCCCUCUUCUUGUGUGUCUUAAGAGAGUGACAGUGUACUCACAUACAAAGAAUAAAUACAUAAAUAAACAAACAAAUAAAUAAAUAAAUAUUUUAAAAGAAAUGUUUUUGCUAGUGGCUCUGAUGUAGAAAAUCCUAGAAAACAAUUUGAAAUUCAGAAAGGCACCCUCUUAAUAGUUGACUAGGGAUUUUUUUUAAGGUCAGGGAACAAGAGCAGUAGAAUGGUGCUGGUACCAGUUGAAGUGCCACUCUUGAUUAACCUGGGCUUGUGACCAAGGGGAUGGUUGACUUCUCAUACCCACUUUUGCCCUCAGCUUCCUGAUAGAACUUAAUAAAAAAUUGAUAAUGAGUAGAUUAUUAAUGCAUGCUGAAAUUUUAAAAUAGAAAUGACUGGUUUUUAACAUAAAUGCUUAGAUUUGUGAAUCUGUUAUGAUUUUUAUAAAAUUGCCUUUUAAGAUAAAUAACAAAAUAAUUGAUUGUUUCUUUCUAAAUGCAAAUUGUAGCCUUCCAGGAAAAACAAAUUGCCUGAGAAAAUUAUCUCGCUGGCUUACACCUUGUGGAUCUAUAACAAGUUGCUUAGUUACAAAUGCUGUGGGUUCGUGGGAAUAAUUUGCUUUUUCUUCACCUGUGAUAUGUAAGAUGUUUUUCAUGAAAAAGGAAUUGGAAACAUACCGUUUCUUUAUGAUCAUUCACUAAAACAUUAAUAAAAUAUAGUCACAUUAUCAUUUUUA